GGCACAUUGUAUACGGGAAUUGAACUCAACAUUCCCUUGAAAGCCGGACCUAUCAGCUUCACCCACGUGUACACAUCGACGUGCCGGCACCGGCUUCCGUUCCAGCUCCACCAGAAAAGACAACCUCACCGCAUCAAUAAUACCUUCUGUCUCUCUCUCUCCCCCCCUCUCUUCCCCCGAAUCAUCGCCGCUUCCUUAGCUCCCGUUUUCGCCCCAAUUCUCAAUUCCUGUGCCCCGAACACCAAUUUUCCUUCUAUUUCCUUGAAAUUCGUGUCGGGAUUUUAUCGGGAAAAGUAGGGUUAGGGUCGGGGAGGGACAAAAAAGAUGAGCUUUCGGGAUCUGGAAGCGGGUCGGGGCACCAAUUAUUCCCGGCGAGGAGACCUCAUCAAUGGCAAGCGGGACCCCACCCAAGCUGUGGCCUCCGGCAUUUUCCAGAUCAACACCGCCGUAUCCACCUUCCAGAGGCUCGUCAACACCAUCGGCACCCCCAAAGACACGCCGGAUCUCCGCGAAAAGCUGCACAAGACAAGACUACAUAUCGGGCAAUUGGUGAAGGAUACUUCAGAAAAACUUAAACAAGUCAGUGAAAGAGAUCAUCAUACCGAAGUUAAUGCAAGCAAGAAGAUUACAGAUGCUAAACUUGCAAAAGAUUUUCAAGCAGUGCUUAGAGAAUUUCAGAAGGCUCAACGACUUGCAGCUGAGAGGGAAACAACAUAUGCUCCUUUUGUUCCUCAAGCAGUUCUUCCGACAAGUUACACCGCUAGCGAGAUAGAUGUAAACUCAGACAAAAGUCUGGAACAGCGUGCUCUCCUUGUGGAAUCUAGAAGACAAGAGGUCUUGCUACUGGACAAUGAGAUUGCUUUCAAUGAGGCUAUCAUCGAGGAAAGAGAACAGGGAAUACAAGAAAUCCAGCAGCAAAUUGGUGAAGUGAAUGAGAUUUUUAAAGAUCUUGCUAUACUGGUUCAUGAACAAGGAACAAUGAUUGAUGACAUUGGCUCCAAUAUUGAGAGUGCUCAUGCUGCUACUGGGCAGGCAAAGUCCCAUCUAGUGAAGGCGUCAAAGACCCAAAGAUCGAAUUCAUCUCUGACUUGCUUGCUCUUGGUAAUAUUUGGAAUUGUGCUUCUCAUUGUGAUAGUAGUACUUGCAGCUUAACCAGAAGAAUGUGCUGAGGUAUCCCUCUGCUAUUUCUGCGAUGCCUAACUUGAGUAUGUAGUUGUAUUCUAAGUUCGUAUAUAUAUGUAUAGGGGUGGACCGUGGGUAUCCUUCACAAUUUCUGGUUGCGGUUGGGUGAGGUGUCUCUUCUGUUUUAGUAAGUUGGUGUUUGGGGCUUCUGAUGGUGUUCUCUGUGUGCGUUGUUUUUUCUUCUUCAUUUUUUUUAAAGUUUUAAAUGAUACAGUGUUCUUUUUUAUUUAUAUAUAAGAAGUUAUAAUUGUUUGGGUUUUCA